AUGAGUCUCGUUCGUGCCACCAUUGGCUUCUUCGCUGCCAACACGAACAAAGAGAUGGAUGCCAUCCUUGUCGACCUCACAGGUCUCUUCAUUCUUCCAGUGGCGAAGAACAUGGCCACGUCGAGCGCGACCCUCCUACCGCCACCUAUCAGUGCGGCCGCGUACGAGAUGAUGACGGAGGCUGUAAGGCAUUGGAACCUCUCAUUACUCGCUAUCGAGCAUACCGCGUGGAUGCCGGAAGUGCUGGACUGCACCAUCGAGGCUCUUCCCCAUCUCACCGAAGUGGGCCAGGCUCAGUAUGAGAGGACCAUCACGGCGAUGCUGAGGUUUCUGCGCAAUAUCCUCCUCUGGGGAGAUCCGGACACAUCGCGUGGGGACAAUGCCCCGGAGCUAGUCCAGCUCCAAAAGCAAGCGCAGGCAAUCAUGUGGGAAAAGCAGCUGCCGCGAGGGCAAGCCCUGCCGCGCUUGAUCAAGAUUCUCGCCAUGAUGCUGGUUGUCGCCGCUCCGAACAAUCCGAGCCGCGGCGAGGUGGUUCCCACCGUUGCGGAGGUGUAUCGGACACUACUCACUGGCCCGUUCGAGUGGGCUGCUUCUCAGCAGAUUCCCCCGAGCCUGCUGUCUUUGCCUGCCCCGUGCGGGGGGGCGCUCGUUGGUGAGUACGACCCUGCCAAAGUGUUACAGCAGCUCAAGAUGGAGAAAGGCGACUCACGGAGAUUCACCAAGACAGUCAUCGGAGUCGCUGAGUGCUUUGCUGCCGCCCUCAAGCGGACACCGUUGGCAGGCUGA